AUGGUUCAGUGUUACUGUUGUAAUAGGUUUGGCCACUUUGCUAAAGAUUGUUGGUCAAACAAAGAAGAAGCAAAAAUAGCCAGAGGAGAUUCUGAUGAUGAACCUGUGCUAUUAAUGGCUUAUGAAUCUGAUGAGGAACCUGUGAAUUCUGAAGAAGAGUCAGAAUCUGAGGUUUCUGAAGAUGAGUCAGAGUUAGAAGAUGACUCUGAAGCUGAAGACAAGUCAGAAUCCGAAGGUGAUUCUGAGUCUGAAGGAGAAUCAGAAGAUGAGUCAGAAUCUGAAGAAGAUUCUGCUUCUGAUGAUGAGUCAGAACUUGAAAGUGGAACUUCUGAAGGCGGAGCUUCUGAAGGUAGUCCAGCUUCUGACGGUGGUCAUGAUUCUGAAAGAAAAGAUUAUGAAGUUGGAACUUCUGAAGGCAGAGCUUCUGAAGGCGAUCCAACUUCUAAAGGUGGAACUUCUGGUGGUAAUCAAACUUCUGAAGAAAAUCCAGAAGGAGAUAUGGUUCUAGAAUCAGAAGGAGAUUCUGAACUAUUGGGUAUUGAAGAAGCACUCAAGAAGAAAGGCUGGCUGAAUGCCAUAAAAGAAGAACUUGAGGCUUUAGAAGGAAACAAAACUUGGAAGUUAACUAAGCUUCCAAAGGAGAAGAAAACCAUCAACGUUAGAUGGGUUUUCAAGGAGAAAUCUGCAUUUUUAAAUGGAGUAUCAGAAGUUGCACACUGUAGCAACCAGAAGAAACUUGCAGAUGUUAUGAUGAAGGAUGUCAAGACUGAACACCUUAUCCGUUUGAGGGAUGGAGUUGGUGUUGUAGAUUUUGGCUAG